AUGUACGAUAGUCAAGUAUUGGAGUUUGUUGCUGGUGUAUUGGUGUCGAGACUGAAUGAACUCCAUGCUGGCCAGCUUGUGAGUGUGUUGGAGUCAUAUGGACGCUUACCACGACUGAGGCCGUCGGAGGAGGAGAAGGAGGAGACGAGCAACCCGCGGAAUCAUAGUAUCAUAUCUACGGUAAUCGACUUGGUAGUUUUCAAGGUGCAACUCCUAUUCGAAGUGGCAGCAUCAGCAUUGCCGGAUGAUCUAUCGCAGCUGCAGAGCUUUCAGCUGUGCGCGAUAGCCCAGGCAUACUCUAGGCUCGGCUUUUACUCCCCAUCUCUGCUGUCGGCAAUUUGUGAGGAGUUUAAUACUCGUCUUGAAUCUGAUACCACUACAGGGAGUAGUCGGAGGAAGCCUGUGACGCCGCUGGAAGCACACAGAUUUAUAGUGUCUGUUGCGAUGGUGGCUGAUACUACUAGCGAUGAAGUCGGAGGAGCUCUAAAGCGAUGUGUUGAUAAUAUGAUUACGAAAUGCCUUUAUUAUACUACUACUCAACUGGACACUCGAGGGUGUUUGCAGCUGAUAGCAGCUCUGCGAAAGCUGAAGCAUUAUAAUGAGAAGUUCGUGAACACUCGGCUGUUACCGACUUUGAAUAAUCAUUACAUGAAGAGUAGGGCUGCUCCUGCUGGUGCGGAGGAGGGUCUCGCUAGGAUUCACGAUGGAGUGUUGAUAAUAGAAUGCCUUUCGUCGAUGCCACAGACUACGGCUAUGACCGCCAGGCUGCAGGAAACGAUCCUUUACGAUGUGAUUGAUUCCAUCACAGCUAUGGAUUUACCGGCAUCAGUGUGGAAAAUAGUCAACUUUAAUAAGAGCGUUUUCAAGACUGAAUUUUAA